UUAACCAAAUGAUUGUGACAAUAAUGAUAGUCAAAAUGUUAAAUGUGUGUCAACAUGUAAAAAAAGCCAUUGUGUCGACCCUAUCGACAACGGGGAGAUGUUACUGAUGUGUUAUGUGUCUGUCUUCAAUGUAAGAAAACAAACGUUUUUGACUUCCACACGAAAUGACUUCUUUACUCAAUUUAGUUUUAAGGAAGUGUGUAGGUCGCAUUCUGUAUCAUACAGCUAUGAAGUUUAUAUAUUUAGAACCACCUGCUUGAAAAGAAUCCAGUGAUGUCUGUCUUGAGUGUCCUAGAACUGUUUAGUUUUUUGUGUUCUGACUUGUAAAACAGAAUGAAUAAAAUAAGUAAUGUAAACAUUAUCAGUAAUUACCAGGCAGCUCUACAAUAUUUGUUUUAAAUUAUGUAAUGUUUGAAAGCUGGCCUCAGGUUGAGGGAUCUGAUUUGGAUUAAACCUCAUAGCAAGGCAGUUUUAUGAUGKGGAGAUUUCAUCCUGGUUUCUCUUAAAAUGAACACUGUCUUUGUCAGGAGGAAAACCAAACUUGGAAGAACCAAUGACUUCUAAACCAGCAAUACGACACCUCUGCUCCCAGAUUGGAAAGAGUUUUAACAAGUUAGGAAGCCUGAAAAGACAUGAGGACACACACAGUGGAGAAGCCUUUCCAUUGCUCCCAUUGUGGGAAGAGUUUUAGCCACUUAGGAAAUCUGAAAGCUCAUGAGCGAACACACACAGGGGAGAGGCCUUUCCAUUGCUCCCAGUGUGGAAAGAGUUUUAGCCAUUCAGGAAGCCUAAAAGUUCAUGAGCGAAUACAUACAGGGGAGAAGUCAUACCAUUGCGCCCAGUGUGGUAAGAGUUUUAGCCAGUCAGGAAGCCUGAAAGUUCAUGAGCGAAUACAUACAGGGGAGAAGUCAUACCAUUGCGCCCAGUGUGGAAAGAGUUUUAGCCAUUCAGGAAGCCUGAAGGAACAUAUGAGACUGCACACAGGGGAGAAGCCUUACUACUGCUCCCAUUGUGGAAAGAGUUUUACCCAUUUAGGUAGCAUGAAAGGACAUGAGAGGAUACACACAGGAGCGAAGCCACACCCAUACUCCCGGUGUGGAAUGAGUUUUAAGCGGUUAGACGCCCUCAAAGCUCAUGAGCGAAUACACACAGGGGAGACACCAUACCAUUGUGCUCAGUGUGGAAAGAGUUUUAGCCAUUCAGGUAACCUGAAAGCCCAUGAGCAAAUUACACACAUUUGAGAAGCCAUUGCGCCCAGUGUGGAAAGAGUGUUAGCCUUUUAGAAAGCUUGAGAGUUCAUGAGCGAACACACACAGGGGAGAAGCCUUACCACUGCUCCCAGAGUUCAUAGCGUUUUACCUAUUUAGGAGGCCUGAAAGAACAAAUAAGACAGGGGAGAAUCCUUACAAAUGUUCAGACUGGGAAGACAUAUUACUCAUCACAGUCACUUACAAAACAUAUGAGAAUCCACACAGGAGAGAAUAAUUACUUAUCCUAGUGUGUAAACUUGUAAUUCACAUCACAUACACUUAAAAUUCAUCAGAGUGUACACACUGCUCCCAUUGUCUUAUGUUGUUCCCUGAGAAUGUGUUUACUUGUUUUUACUAUAAGAAAUUCAAUUGUACACAGUCUACUCAAACAUAUAUUUGUAUGUUUUUAUUAGAAAACAAAUUGUAUAUGGAGUAUGUCAGUUUGAAUAUAGAGUAGAUCAGAUUCCAUGUGUUUAAAUGGUCAUUUUUUAAACUCUUGACUAUGUGUGUUUAUCUGGGUGUCUUUCCUCCAGCACUACAGAUAGUCAAGUGAUAUUUGGAUGUGGUGCAUUUGUUCCGUUGUUUACAUUUGCAAUGUUGGCCCACAGAUGAUUUAAUGAAAUGAAAAUGUUCACAGACUCUGUAAUGCAAAAUGUUAAUUGUA